UCACAAAGGAGAUCUACACUUUCAGGACUCGAGAUAUUGGGGUCGCCAUUAUUUCAGAAGCUUCAAGUCUCACAGAGUUAGUUUCGGUGCAAGAGCCAUGGCAGCCCAAUCUGCGCCUCCGUCUCUCUCCCUACCUCCCUCGCAGUUUGCCCGACUCCAACCUCAUGCCUACCUACUCGCUCAUCUAUCACCUCCGGCAUCGAGUCAACAGCCCUCCAUCCGAGCCAAUGGUCGGUCUCCAUUUCAGUUUCGUGUCACAUCUGCAAACACAGGCUCUCUUACCCACACAAAUGGCAGCGCUGUGGUGAGAGUCGGUGACACCACUGCGGUAUGCGGCGUGACGGCGGAGAUCUUACACACCGAAGAUAUCGCAUCAUGGAGCGUUUCUCGCCCAUCCGUCUCCAACAAACGACGAAAAUUGACAACCCCCUCUGAGAAACCCGGUGAAGACCGCAGAGACCAGCCUACGGAGAUCGAGGAUAACGAAAACCAAUCCCACAUCGAAGACUUUAACCUACUCGUACCUAAUGUUUCUUUGAGCACCGGCUGCGCUCCUGGUUUCAUUCCCGGUGCGCCACCGUCUGCGCUAGCCCAGUCCUUGUCACAUCAGAUUCUCUCAUUAUUGCACCGGACUCGCCUUGUGCGUGCUGAGGACUUGCAAAUAUGGUACCAGCGCCCAAACCUAGGACCAGAGGAGCUGGAACGUCAUAAUGAGAGCGAGCAGAUGGAUAUGGAUGCUGAACAGGCAGAUUCCGAUGGGGGAUUUAUCCCGGCCCGCGAGAUUAAAGCAUUCUGGGUGCUUUACAUCGAUAUUAUGAUCAUUUCCCUGGCUGGAAAUCCGUUCGAUGCUGCUUGGACAGCGGUUUUAGCUGCACUUCGCGACACAAAGUUGCCACGAGCAUGGUGGGAUAUUGACAAUGAAACAGUGGUCUGUUCUGAUCUUGUUUCAGAGGCUCGGAAGCUUUCUCUACGAGGAAUUCCAGUUGCCAGUUCCUUCUGCGUCUUUGAGGCUGAUGCAGCCUCCGGGUGGAGGGCAGUUAUCCUCCCCGAUGCUGAAGAGGAGAGAAAAAUUUCGGAGAGCAGUAGAAAGGGUAUCCAGCGGAGGUGGAUUCUAGCUGACCCAGAUGGUUAUGAGGAGGGUCUGAGCCAAGAAAGGGUCUGCAUUGUGGUUGAUAAGGAACAAGGCGGAAAAGGCAAGACGACUAUUGUCAAAAUGGACAAAAAUGGUGGAUUCGCAGUGGAUAGGCGAGAGUUGAAGCAAUUAGUAGAUGUAUCUGCUCACAGAUGGGAUGAUAUAAACCAAAUUCUGGGGCAGUGUUGAGAUGAUAAUUUCACGCAGCAUUAAUGGCAAUUUUAUACUGGAUGAUACCAGUCUUAAAUUUAUGCAC